CACAUCUCUCUCUCUCUCUCUCUCUCUCUCUCUCUCUCUCUCAUAUAUAUAUAUAUAUAUAUAUAUAUGUAAUAGGUAAAAGAUUUGUGCAAUAUCUAUAUAUACAGUAUGUACCAGCUCUCAUCAUCUUCCUCGGUCGUCCUCUCUCAAUAUUCUCUCUGGGAAAGGAAGGGAAGGGGAAGGCAGAGAAGAUCAAUAUGGAGAGGAACCGCCGGAGACAAUCCAAGUCCAAAUUCAAAUCCAAAGCUGUUGAUUCUGAAGAGGUUAGCAGCAUCGAGUGGGAAAACAUCAUCAUGUCCGAGCAAGAAGAAGAUCUCAUCUACAGGAUGCAUAAGCUUGUUGGAGACAGGUGGGACCUGAUCGCGGGAAGGAUACCCGGGCGAACCGCAGAGCAAGUAGAAAGGUUCUGGAUAAUGAGACACAGUGAAGGAUUUGCAUUUCCCGGGAGGAGAAAGGAAAAUAAUAAGAAAGCGAAAAAUGGAGUUUUUAUCCAUUGACUUGCACUUGCAAUUGCAAUUGCUUUCCACAUUUUCCUCCCUAAGCUUAGUGUAGUUGAAUUUUGGGCCUUAAUUUCUGGGUCAUUUUCCACUUUGCGGGCCAUUAGCUUGAAAUCUGAAUGAUGGGCCUUUCUGACCCAAAUGCUAGUUUAUGUGGGCCUAUAGUCAAGUGAGAUUUCUACCGAAGAUUCGUUGAAUUUUCCAGAAAGUUCUUGUAAUGUACGCAAUCUUGGCUCUGACAUUACUUUGCUGGAUCCCGAUCCCAAAUCAUUUUCAAAGUCUACUGGUCAACUUGACUCCGUUUUGCUCAA